CAGGAAGCCAGUUAAUCCCUCCAUGUAUUAACCCGGAAACAUAAUCUAAUUUGCCUAUAAGACAGAGAGAGAGAAUAAUAGAAAUGCUGGAAGAACAAGCCCUGGGGCCGUAUCAUCCAGACCUGCAUCCACACAGCGGCUACUUGGGUGCCUGUAACUCAAGGCUUCCUCUUAAUCCUCUGUCCUCCAUCAACACCUGGCUGAGCAGGAACAACUAUGACUUAAGACCAGGGCCUUCAGGAAUCUAUACCCCUAACUUGAACUUCAUAACACUGGAGGGAGAGAUUGUGGAACGGAAUGACUCGCCGGAGCUGCAGAUUGAAGGUGUAUUUUCAUCUGACUUUGAGCUCAGUGGCAGGGACACCUCCAUGGCCUCUUUAUGGCUGGUAUGUUUUCUUCUCAUGGACAAUGAGAAACAUGUAAUAAAUUGUGUUUCCUUUUGCUAGG